GAACUUUGACAUAUUUCGUAGUGCUAGUGAUGUAACCAAACAAAUGAAAACAUUUUUGUUUUGUUUUUGAAUAUCCAUCUGUCGAUUUAUCAUUUUUAAAAGUGAAGUGACCGAUUUUGUCACUCUUCAUUUGGAUUCACGGACCAGUAGUAUUUUCAAUGAAUCAGAAACCGUUGACACAACUUUCUAUUGCUGUACUGUGACGUCAUGUUAAUGAGUUAGAGUGCAAGUCAUUAUAAUAGGAACCUUGACUUCAGAAAAAUUGGAAUUGUCCAUGAGUAACUACAUUCGCCAAAUAUCGAGCAGUUCACCUUACACAGCCGUUACAAGAACUGUUUUCUACUUUACAAUAAUUUUUGCUAAAAUGUCUACGGGUACUUCUACUGCGGAUGUUGGACGAAUGCCAGUGUUUUAUAUUUCACAUGGAGGUCCAGAUCUCAUUGAGGAUACCAGAAAACCGGGAGAAUUUUACACUUGGUUCGGAAACUACUUGAAAACUGAGUUAAAACCAAAGGCUGUGGUCUGCAUUAGUGCUCAUUGGCAGGGUAGAGGCAGUAAAGGAAUUUUCGUUGAUGUGUCUAAGAAGCCGAAGCUAAUUUACGAUUUCUAUGGAUUUCCGAAGCGUUAUUACUCAGUCACUUGGGAUCAUCAAGGAUCGCCGGAAAUAGCAUCUCGCGUUAUUGGUCUACUGAAACAGAAUCAAAUCAAUGCUGAAGGUGUCAACUAUGGUAACGAUCAUGGAGUAUGGGUGCCGCUCAAAAGAGCAAUGGAUUCGAAUCCGGAUAUCCCCAUAAUUGAGGUGUCAACAUUUGAACAUGAAGAUAUGGAACUUCACACGAAAAUGGGAGAAACACUUUCACCUUUACGGGAUGAAGGAGUGGUGAUAAUCGGUUCCGGUUCUGCCGUACACAAUUUACGGAUGUACAUGUCUUAUCCAAGCGAUCAACCAUCACCGCAGUUUGUGGCUGACUUUGACAACGAAAUGGAAAGGAUUGCAUGCAAUUUAAAGGGUGAUGAACGGAAAAAGGCAGGAAACAAAUUAAGCGAACAUCGCCAUUUUCGACACAGCCAUCCCACUGCAGAACACUUAGUGCCUUAUCACAUUGCUCUGGGUGCGGCUGGAUCAGACGCAGGUGUUAAAUUACUACACGGAUACUACUCUACAUUGUCUUGGGGUAGUUAUGGUUUUGGUAUGGCGACCAACUUUAAAACAUUUCGCCGAGACGAACUGUGAUUCAUAUGAAAUAAAAAAAAAACUAUUUUCGAUUGAAAUUCAGGGAUAAAUAAAAGGGUUACUAACAUAUCGCACUACAAA